AAACGUGGUGAGAACAGAGACAGCUGGUGGCGUUUCAUCAAGAACAAGUGGAAUGACAGCGAGGGUUGGGUCUGCGGAACGUGAUUCGGGUCGUUAAUGCGCAGAGACAGCAGUUGCAGGACUCGUCCACAGUGGUACGACCGGACCGGGGCUGGACCGUGACGGCGAGCGGGGGAACACUCAUCCACCAGCACCGCUGCAGAAGACACACACGCACACCAGCUGAAGGAGAGUCGGCUCCAGCACUUGCCACCGGAGGAUUUAUGUUUGCCAAAGUGUCAGCGCGAUGUCCACCAAGGCAGAGCAGUUUGCCUCAAAGAUCCGAUACUUGCAAGAGUAUCACAACCGGGUGCAGCACAACAUAUACCCGGUACCGUCGGGCACGGACAUCGCAAACACCCUGAAGUACUUUUCCCAGACGCUGCUCAGCAUUCUGUCCCGCACAGGCAGGAAGGAGAACCAGGAAGCUCCCAAUUUGGCCGUGCCCAUGACCAUGUGUCUUUUUCCUGUGCCAUUCCCACUCACCCCAUCUCUAAGACCACAAGUCAGUUCCAUCAACCCUACAGUUACUCGCUCCCUCCUUUACAGCGUUCUGCGCGAUGCCCCGUCAGACCGCGGGGGGCAGGGGCAGCAGAGUCGGGACGCUCAGCUCUCAGAGUACCCCUCUCUGGACUAUCAGGGCCUGUAUGUGACCCUCGUGACCCUGCUUGACCUGGUGCCCCUGCUGCAGCACGGUCAGCAUGAUCUGGGCCAGUCCAUAUUUUACACAACAACAUGCCUCCUGCCCUUUCUCAGUGAUGAUAUACUCAGCACUUUGCCCUACACUAUGAUCUCUACUUUAGCCACAUUCCCCCCCUUUCUCCACAAAGACAUCAUCGAGUACCUGAGCACCUCCUUUCUGCCCAUGGCCAUACUGGGUUCCACACGCAGAGAAGGUGGGGUCCCUGCCUACGUCAACCUGUCAGCGUCAUCGAUGCUCAUGAUCGCGAUGCAGUACACCUCGAAUCCAGUUUAUCAUUGUCAAUUGUUGGAGUGUUUAAUGAAACACAAACAGGAAGUGUGGAAGGAUCUUCUCUACGUCAUCUCCUACGGGCCGUCCCAAGUGAAACCUCCAGCUGUGCAGAUGUUGUUUCACUACUGGCCCAACCUGAAGCCCCCUGGAGCCAUCAGCGAGUACCGGGGGCUCCAGUACACAGCCUGGAAUCCGAUUCACUGUCAACAUAUUGAGUGCCACAACGCCAUCAACAAGCCUGCAGUUAAGAUGUGCAUCGAUCCCACUGUGUCCGUCGCCCUGGGAGACAAACCACCGCCUCUGUACAUCUGUGAAGAGUGCAGCCAGAGGAUCGCAGGUGACCAUGCUGAAUGGCUGGUUGACGUUCUCCUGCCACAAGGUGAGACAGCCGAGAUCUCUGCUAUUUGCCAAAAAAAGAACUGCAGCUCGCACGUCCGCAGGGCUGUGGUCACCUGCUUCUCAGCCGGCUGCUGCGGUCGCCAUGGCAACCGGCCUGUCCGCUACUGCAAGCGUUGCCAUGUCAACCACCACAGCAGCGAGGUGGGGGCCGCAGCUGAGACUCAUCUGUACCAGACAUCGCCCCCUCCCAUCAACACCAGGGAGUGUGGUGCCGAGGAGCUGGUGUGCACAGUGGAGGCGGUGAUAAGUCUCCUCAAAGAAGCUGAGAUCCACGCCGAGCAGAGAGAGUUUGAGCUGAACAGGCGCCGUCAGAUGGGCCUGUCGUCCUCUCACCACUCUCUGGACAACAUCGAGUUUGACAACAAAGAGGACGAUCAGCACGACCAGCGGCUGCUCAGUCAGUUUGGCAUCUGGUUCCUGGUGAGUUUAUGCACACCCAAUGAGAACACACCCACCGAGAGCCUGGCCCGGCUGGUCAGCAUGGUCUUCCAGUGGUUUCACUCCACUGCCUACAUGAUGGACGACGAGGUGGGAAGUCUGGUGGAGAAGCUGAAGCCUCAGUUUGUAACCAAGUGGCUGAAGACGGUGUGCGAGGUCCGAUUCGAUGUCAUGGUCAUGUGUCUUCUGCCCAAACCUGUGGAAUUCGCACGGGUGGGAGGUUACUGGGACAAAUCGUGCAGCACGGUGACACAGCUGAAGGAGGGACUGAACCGGAUCUUGUGCCUGAUCCCAUACAACGUCAUCAGUCAGCCACUGUGGGAGUGUUUCAUGCCCGAGUGGCUGGAGGCCAUUCGAACCGAAGUGCCAGACAGCCAGCUCAAGGAGUUCAGAGAAGUGCUCAGUAAAAUGUUCGACAUUGAGCUUUGCCCUCUUCCCUUCUCCAUGGAGGAGAUGUUUGGAUUCAUCAGCUGCAGAUUCUCUGGAUACCCAGCAUCAGUACAGGAGCAGGCGUUGCUGUGGCUGCAUGUUCUAUCGGAGCUAGACAUCGUGGUUCCGUUGCAACUGCUGAUCGGGAUGUUUUCGGAUGGUGUGAACUCACUGAAGGAGCUGGCCAAUCAGAGGAAGGCACGUGCCUCCGAUCUGACGGGGAACACAGGGGCACGCAGGGUGAGUGUGGUGUCGGACCCCGGGCGCCGCGGGCAGCACAACACCCUCAGCCCCUUCCCAAGCCCUUUCAGAAGUCCCUUCCGGAGCCCCCUCCGUUGCAGCCCCUUCAAAAACCUGGGACACGCUGCUGGCCAUUGUGCCCUUGAUCUGGACUGUGAUGAUGACGACAUGAACCUUGGCUGCUUCAUCCUCAUGUUCGACCUCAUCCUCAAGCAGAUGGAGCUGCAAGACGACGGCGUCAUGUUGGGACUGGACAGCAGUUUGGGAAAAGAUAUAGUGGGCAUCAUUAACAACGUCUUCCAGGCCCCGUGGGGGGGCUCCCACACAUGCCAGAAGGAGGAGAAAGCCCCAGAGUGCAGCUUGUGUCAGUCCAGCAUCCUCUGCUACCAGCUGGGCUGUGAACUUCUGGAGAGACUCACCCCGCGAGAGGAGAUCCGACUAGUGGAGCCCACUGACAGCUUGGAGGAUACACUACUUCUGCCUCAACCCGAUGUAGCACCUGAAGUGGAGAAUGAAUGUGAAGAAGGUGACAACCCUGGAGCAACACCCACUGACAAUCCCACCAACCUCUCGCCUGACAACACGACCUUAAAGAACAACUCAGAUAAGAAGUUCUCCUACCAGCAGCUUCCGGUGUCGCUGAAGCUCAUCUACACCAUCCUGCAGGAAAUGUCCAAGUUCGAGGAGCCUGACAUUCUUUUCAACAUGCUGAACUGUCUGAAGAUUCUGUGUCUGCACGGAGAAUGUCUCUACCUGGCACGCAAGGAUCACCCACAGUUUCUUCACUACAUCCAGGAGAAGAUGCUCAUCCCCUGUCUGUGGUCCAUGUUGAAGUCGGAGUUCUGUCAGCUGGCCUCUCUGGCUGUCCCCCAGCUCCUCCACGCGCUCUCUCUGUCCUACGGCGCAGACAUCUUCUGGAACCUCAUCAACACAAACUUCAACAGCAAAGACUGGAAGAUACGUUUUGAAGCGGCGGAGAAGGUAGCGGUGCUGUGUCGCUUCCUGGACAUCGGAGCAGUCACCAAAAACCACCUGCUGAAGUACUCUCUGGCUCACGCCUUCUGCUGCUUCCUGGCCGCAGUUGAGGACGUCAACCCUGCAGUGGCCACCCGAGCCCGACUGUUGCUGGACACCAUCAAGAGACCUGCCCUGCAGGGCUUGUGUCUGUGUCUGGACUUCCAGUUUGACACAGUGGUGCGGGAUCGACCAGUGAUCCUCAGUAAGCUGCUGCUUCUCCACUCUCUGAAGAAGGACGUUCCUGCUCUUAGCUGGGAAUUCUUUGUCAAUCGCUUUGAGACGCUCUCCUUGGAGGCCCAGCUGCACCUGGACUGCAACAAGGAGUUCCCCUUCCCAACCACCAUCACAGCCGUGCGCACAAAUGUAGCCAACUUAAGUGAUGCUGCGAUGUGGAAGAUUCGACGCGCUCGAUUCGCCAGGAACCGUCAAAAGAGCGUGCGCUCUCUCAGAGACAGUGUAAGAGGAGGACCAGUUGAGUCCAAGCGGGCCUUCUCACUCCCAGAGUCACAUGGGAACCGACUUCCACUCCGGCUAACCAGACAAGAGCACUCAGCACCAACGCUCGGGGAUAUGAUGGAGAAAGUCCUACCAGCAGGUCAGAACUCUCUCCCAGAAGACGACACCAUCAUCAAAGAUCUGCUGCCGGAAGACGCAGGCAUCGACCACCAGACAGUCCACCAGCUCAUCAUGGUGCUGAUGAAGUUCAUGGCAAAAGACAAGAGCAGCGCAGAGGCUGACAUCGGCAGCGCUAAAGCUUUCAACACCGUGAAGCGCCACUUGUACGUGUUGCUGGGCUACGACCAGCAGGAGGGCUGCUUCAUGAUUGCCCCUCAGAAGAUGAGGACAUCCACCUGCUUCAACGGCUUCAUCGCUGGAAUCGCACAAGUCCUGGAUUAUAACAUCAGUCUGGGGAAGCAGCUGCUCCCCCUAGUGGUGCAGGUGUUGAAGUACUGCACAUGUCCACAGCUCAGACAUUACUUCCAGCAGCCACCCAGAUGUUCCCUCUGGGCUCUGAGGCCACACAUCAGACAGAUGUGGCUGAAGGCUCUGCUCGUCAUCCUCUAUAAGUAUCCAUACAGGGAGAUGGACAGCAGCAAGGUGGUUCUCCACCUGAUCCACAUCACCAUCAAUACUUUGAACGCUCAGUAUCACAGCUGUCGGCCGCAUGCCACUGCCGGGCCGCUCUACAGCGACAACUCCAACAUCAGCCGCUACAGCGAGAAAGAAAAAGAGGAGGACAGUGUUUUUGACGAGUCGGAUGUCCAUGAUACCCCUACCGGUGCAGCCAACAAGGAGUCACAAACUUUCUUUGCCCGACUGAAGAGAAUCGGAGGGAGCAAGUCUGUCAAGUAUCAGCCAGUGGAGCUGAACGCCAAGAGGAGUGACAUUGAGCUGUCAGAGUACCGAGAGGCCAGCGCCCUGCAGGACAGCAUUCUGCACUGCGUGAGGGAGGAGAGCACUCGUAAGAAGCGCCUCCAGGCUUUGAACAAGCAGAAGUCCCUGGACAUCUCCAACACAGACUCCAUCCUCUUCAACCUGGAUGAGCACAGACGCAAGUCCUGCAUCGACCGCUGUGACUUGCAGGUGGCGCCGGUGGCCCUCCCGCCAUCCUCCUCUCACAGCAAAUACCACUGCAAAGGUUCCUCUGAUGGCUCCUCAGUCCGGGUGGAGCUGGGAGAUGUAGUGGACCGGCGUGGCUCCAGAGGUGGACAGUCUGAUAUCUCCAAACCGGUGAUUCCAGAGGUCCGACUCAGCUGCAUGGAGACCUUUGAGGACAAGCAAGACCAGAGUUCUUUUGGGGGGUCUGGUCAGGAGAAGGAGGAUGCAGACUUGAUCGACCUCUCCUCAGACUGUACUUCCAUUCCGGAGAAACACUCGCUGCUGUCCAUGUCAGACAGUGACUCAUUGGUGUUUGAGCCACUGCCCCCGCUGAGGAUUGUGGAGAGCGAUGAAGAGUUUGACCUCCAAACCAUUAUCUCUUCCAGACUCAACGGAAGUCCUAAGAUCCAUGCAUCCUCUGCUAGUAGCAGCACUCUCCGUCAGUCCCCUGUGGUCCAAGUGAGUGUGGAGGACUGCUCCAGUGAAAGACAGGACCUGACCAAGAGUGAGGACAUCCAUGUGCACAGGAGCCGACUGACUCCCUGCACCUCGCUGGAGCUUCCAGACCGAGCAGAACUGGUCUGCCAUGAAAGCCCCAUGACACUGAAGCAGAAGCGAGACCUGCUGAGGAAAACCCCUCAUGUCCCUGACACCUCCCUAGACGACACGUUCCUGAGCCCAGACGAGGUGAAAAGCGGGAUGCUGCAGUCCGGCAGGAUUUUCCUGGACAUUCCAGAGGACAAUGCAGAGCCCCUGUCUUCACCAGAGAAGACCAAGAGCAACAGCAAUGGGGAGGAUGAGGAGGACGGCGAUGACGAAGACGACGAUGACAUGGGCGAUGAAGCAGACAGCGACCCCAAACCAGAAGACGUAGAUGACAUAGACGAGGCAGAGUUCAAGAUCCAGAUCGUUCCUCGACAACGCAAACAGAGGAAGAUCGCAGUUAGUGCCAUCCAGAGGGAAUAUCUGGACAUUUCCUUCAACACAUUCGACAAGCUCGCUGGCGAUCAGAGUGCCGACGCCGAACUGAAAUGUUUGUCUACACUGGAAAAACCCAGAGAAUCUGCCUCGGCUCCAACCCUUGAAGCUGGCGUCCCUGAAACGAGCCACCGCUCCUCUGUAUCCACUCAGUACCGGCAGGUGAAGCGAGGUUCUCUGGGAGCUCUCACCAUGAGUCAGCUGAUGAAGCGACAGUUAGAGCAUCAGUCCAGCGCUCCUCAUAACAUCAGCACCUGGGACACCGGUCCGACCAAGACCAGUCUGCUGUCGGCACCGAGUACCGUCAGCAUGUUUGUCCCCGCCCCCGAGGAGUUCAUCGACGAGCAGCCCACCACCAUGUCUGACAGGUGUCGAGACUGUGCUGCUGUGCUAGAAGAGUACGACGAGGAGACUCUCGGUCUGGCUGUGGUGGUCCUCUCCAUGUUUAUCCACCUCAGCCCAGAUCUGGCUGCUCCCAUGCUCCUGGACAUCAUGCAGUCCGUGGGCCGGUUGGCAUCCAGCGGCAACUUUUCUGGCCAGGCAGAGAGCAUGUUAAUUCCUGGGAAUGUAGCCGGAGUCGCUAAGCAGUUCCUGCGCUGCAUGUUCCAUCAACUGGCCCCCAAUGGAAUCCUGCCGCAGCUCUUCCAGAGCAACAUCAAAGAUGGGAGUUUCCUGAGGACCCUGGCCUGCUCACUCAUCGACUUCAAUGAACUGAGCUCCGUUUGUGCUCUCAACAUGCUGCUGGAGGGUUUGAAUAACAAGAAGAGUCUGCCAGCAGGGGGCACUAUGCUCCACUGCCUGGACAACAUCGCCACAUUCAUGGAGGCCCUGCCCAUGGACUCUCCCAGCAACCUGUGGACCACCAUUUGCAACCAGUUCCAGACCUUCCUGACCAAACUGCCUUCAGUGCUCCCUCUGAAGUGUCCCAUGGAUUCUAGUCUGAGGAUCAUCAUCUGCCUCCUGAAGAUCCCCACCACAAAUGCAACACGGAGCCUUCUGGAGCCUUUCUCCAAGCUGCUGAGCUUUGUCAUCCAGUACGGCAUCUUCAGCCUCACCUACCUGGUGGAGCUGUGCGGACUCUGCUACAAAGCCUUCAACAAGGAGCGAGAUAAGUUCUACAUGUCGCGCACCGUCGUGCUGGAGCUUCUCCAGGCCCUCAAGUUCAAGUCCUCGCUGCCCGACACAAACUUGCUACUGCUGGUCCAGUUCGUGUGUUCGGACAUCGGGACCCGUCUGGCUGAAUCCACCAUCAUCCAGAAGCACAUGAUCACCACGCUGCCCGGGUGCACGACGGCGGCAAUGGAGUGCAUGAGGCAGUACAUCAGCGAGCUGCUGGACUUCAUCGCAGACAUGCACACGCUGACCAAGCUGAAGAGCCACAUGAAGGCUUGCUGUCAGCCGCUGCACGAGGACACUUUUGGAGGGAACCUGAAAGUGGGUCUAGCUCAGGUGGCUGCCAUGGAGAUCAGCAAGGGAAACCACAGAGACAACAAGGCAGUAGUCCGCUACCUUCCCUGGCUCUACCACCCGCCGUCCACCAUGCAGCAAGGGCCCAAGGAGUUCAUCGAGUGUGUGUCCCACAUCCGCCAACUGUCCUGGCUGCUCCUGGGCUCGCUGACCCACUGCGCCCUCCACCAGGGCUCCACCUCCUGCAUGCCCAUCCCUCUUGACGCCGGCUCCCACAUUGCAGACCACCUCAUAGUCAUCCUCAUCGGCUUCCCGGAGCAGUCCAAGACCUCCGUCCUGCACAUGUGCUCGCUGUUCCACGCCUUCAUGUUCGCACAGCUCUGGACCAUCUACUGUGAGCAGGCGGCCGCCGCCCCGUCUCUGCAGAACCAGAACCAGACAGAGUUCUCCUCCAGCGCCAUUCUCACUGGGCUGGAGUUCUGGAGUCGCGUGACGCCGAGCAUCCUCCAGCUCAUGGCCCACAACAAAGUGAUGGUGGAGAUGGUGUGUCUUCACGUCAUCAGCCUGAUGGAGGCUCUGCAGGAGUGCAACUCCACCAUCUUUGUCAAGCUGAUUCCCAUGUGGCUCCCCAUGAUCCAGUCCAACCUGAAGCACCUGUCCGCUGGGCUGCAGCUGCGUCUCCAGGCGAUCCAGAACCGGGUCAACCACCAGUGUCUGCAGGGUUCCGCCUCAGGGACGCCCCCCUUCGCUCUGAGGAAGUGGCUGCAGUGCACCCAGUUCAAGAUGGCCCAAGUGGAGAUCCAGUCAUCGGAGGCCGCCUCACAGUUCUACCCCAUGUGAAUGGGCGUGUCCAGAACCAGAACCCUUGUACAUGGAUGUGUAUGAGAUUGUAAAGAAUUAGAUCAGACGGUUUCUUAGGUUUUCUCAAGUGACUGUUCUAUUUAAGAGGAUUUAUAUAAAUGAGUGUUGGUUAAAACCUGAGUCCAGUUGUUUUGUAUCGAUUGAAUGUUUUGUUUGAGUCCAUAUGGUUUCCACACUUACAUUGUUGAAGAUGGGAGUCCAUACAAACCCUGGUAUCUGUUGUGAGAACCUUUUAAAUGGAGCUAAUGAGAGCCCAACCUGGUGCUCCGGCUCAUUAAACUGGUCUAUUUGGAGCGGAAACCUUCAUAA